GUAAAAGAGAAGGAUAAGGUUUGGUUCGGAAGAGGGUCGAAAACGCAGAAGGGCAGUGUUGUAGGUGUAGUUUCAGUCUUGUUAGUGGGGGUUUUGAGAGCAACGAUGUGUGCGUCACUGUCGUUCCUCCAGAGCGCUUUCGCUUCUUCGCAACAGCUUCCUCUCCUUCCUAAGUUUGCGGCUGCAAAGCCACUCCUCCCUUCAUUCCCAAUUAUUGAAGCUAAAGCCAAAACCAGAAGAGAAGACAGAACUGCUCGUCACGUUCGAAUUAGAAAGAAGGUUGAAGGAACACCUGAAAGGCCAAGGCUGUGUGUCUUUCGUUCCAACAAGCAUCUCUAUGUCCAGGUGAUCGAUGACAGUAAGAUGCACACUUUAGCCUCAGCUUCAACAAUGCAGAAAUCCAUCUCUGAGGAGCUUGACUACAGUUCCAGUCCGACUAUUGAAGUGGCAAAGAAGGUGGGGGAGGUGAUUGCAAGUGCCUGCUUGGAGAAAGGGAUCACAAAGGUGGCCUUUGAUCGAGGUGGAUACCCAUAUCAUGGACGCGUUAAAGCCCUUGCUGAUGCAGCUCGCGAAAAAGGCCUUCAGUUCUAAGGCAUGGGCAGUCGGUUACUUUGUUUUAAAUUGAAUUUGACUAGCAUAACAUUUUUCCUUCUCUCUUGAGCUGCAAGAACUAAGAAGACAUCAAUAUCUGAAUGGGAUUUGCGCUUUUUCCAGUUGCUUUAAAGUUGGA